CACGCCGUGCCCAGCGCUUAUUUGACCUUUGACCUGUCCCCGAGGCAGACAGACCCAGCUGCAGCGCCGACCGAGCAGGAUGACCACCGCAGCUGCAGCCGCCACUCUGCUCGUCCUGUCCGCCCUUGUGGCGCAGGGCUUUGCAUGGGGCGGCCUCUUCAACCGCUUCAGCCCUGAGAUGCUCUCCAACCUGGGCUACGGAGGCCGCGCCGGACCCUACAGGGCGCAACCCUUCCUCCAGAGUCCUGUGGAGGUGUUGGAGGAGCUGCAAGAGAACGACGUCGAGCCUUGCUACGGUCGUAAGUGCACCUCCAACGAGAACUGCUGCCCGGGCUCCGUGUGCGUGGAUGUUGAUGGAAUCGUCGGCUCGUGUCUAUUUGCUUACGGACUGAAGCAGGGAGAGCUGUGCCGACGAGACAACGACUGCGAGACAGGUCUGCUUUGUUCCGACUCGGGCGGAGAGCCACGCACUUGCCAGCCUCCCAACCGGACCAACAAGCAGUACAAUGAGGAUUGUACCAUGAGCGGCGAAUGCGACGUGACUCGUGGACUCUGCUGUCAGCUGCAGCGCAGACAUCGCCAGGCACCGCGAAAGGUUUGUUCGUACUUCAAGGAUCCGUUGACCUGCAUUGGCACCGUGGCCGCCGACCAGGUGAAGGUGGCCGUGGAACACACGGCCGGCGAGAAGCGCAUCACCUCCAAGGUAGGUGCUUUCAACCACCUGCGCAAGUGAACUGGACCCAGGUCGACGGCGUAAAACUAUACCAUGGAAUCCGCUUCAUUUCAACACAGCCUACUCAAUUACAUAAAAAAGAUACAGGAUGUUUUUGACUCCAUCUUACUAAGUAAACUCUAUCUUUCUCCAUCCGUCAGUGAUUAUUGCCAAUGAUUGAUGUCGUUUUUCAAAUUAGCGAUUUCGAUGUACUCCUCUAAAUCCCGCGUGAGAACAAAAGUGCUCGUGGUUUUAGGUUUUCCACCCAUCGGCGCUUUUUGAUUCUUAACGUGAGACGAAAAAUAAGAAAGAAAGACACACACUUACGCAUUUAAAUAGUCUGACGAAUUCGGUCUGCUGCUGAUCCCCGAUUUUGAAAAUUGAAUGAGAGGCAUUUCGAACAAAACCGAGUGCUCGUCUGCAGAUGGAAAUAAAAGUAAUAACACACAUACACACACACACACACAAACACUCACAAAAUGUAUAACACAAAGACUCGUGUCAAACGCUGCAAUUAAAUAACGGAACGUAGAUUGACCGACCUUCGCAAACAAACUGCCCAGAUUGUAAUACCAUGUUCUGAUUUUGACGCGUCUUGGAUUGUAUUGUACUCCAUGUAGUGGUUAGUGUCGAAUUUAUUCCAAUUAUGCAUUACGUAUUAUUAUGAGAUAUUACCGCAUUAAUGUAGCGUAUAAGUAGCAAUUAGUCCCUUUACUGGCUGAGGCAUUAUUAAAUAAACGUAGGUGUUUCUAACUCUGAUCAAUGUCAACUCUCUCUCGCUCGGAAAAAGUGCUUGCGCACUCAAUUCAAUUUGCUGUGCGUCACCUUAUUACCAAUUAUUGCAAAUCCUGCACCUGAUUGUGAGAGAUAAGCAUGUGUGGUUGGUCGCUCCGGCGAAACGGACUCGCGCGGCACGAGCCAGGGCCGCGCGCCCUUCUCACCCUCUCCCCUCUCGUCGUUCUAUGCUCUCUCCGCCCUUCGGACGCUCUGCCGCGCGACUCGGCCUUUCGCCCGGACAAAUAAAAUGCAUAUUUAUAAUCCAGUUUAUUUAGUUUCCAAGAGCAAACAACACGCUUAAUGAGAGGCACUAAAAUGCAAUAAUCGGCAAUAAUUUAAAGCAUAGUAAAGAAAUCGUGUAGAUGUUUUUAAUUAUAGCGUGUGCGCAAACUCUCCCUCGCGCGCGCAACAACACUUAACCGACAACACACACACUGGUGGGCGCGUUGCAAUACGAGUUUUGGGUUUUGUUGGUCCCGAGAAACGCUUUUUCUCCCGUAGACGCGCAAUUCCUGCAACUUUUAUUCCACAAAAACACCCACCGAGUAAAUGUUUGAUGUGUGACCCUAGGAAUACUAUUAUAAAAUACAACUAAAAUACAUAUCCGUAAUGGUUAUAAAAAGCAGAAAGACAUGCACACGUGUGUAAUAAGAUAUCAUAUCAUCUAGUAGAUCGUAGGUUCUAAAUCAGGCAUGGUAAUGCUACACGAGAUCGGGUGACGGACAAAAUCAAAUAAUGUAUUUAUUCUGCGCGGCAAUUUUGCUUUCAGGACCUUCCAUAGCAUUUGCGAAAUUGGGCCUUGUUGCCUCUCUUCCUCACCCGCUCAUCCCGUCACGUAUUAGUUCGAUCCAGCCAGCUCCGAGAAAACGCAAUUCGAUCAAUUACUAUUCUGUUCGGUAUAUUUGAGAGGAAAAACAAAACAAAACAAAAAAACAGAAAAAUCUGCAGACCGAGGGCGAGCACAGCAAGGAGAUGGAAAAUUCAAUGUAGGAAAAGGUGCUCUCUCAAACAGAGGGGAUUAGACCGUUAGAAAAAUGCUAUGGAGUCGCCACACAGACACACAAUUGAGAAAUGAACUAAUAUAUACUACUGAAAAUUGAAGCCUGUUCAACACACAUAUCAUUAUUACUUAAGAGGCAAAUUUUAAAAAAGAAGACGAUGAAUAAAACAUAUCAGCAGAGUAUAAGCUGCACCAGUUUCUUAAGGAAAUCUAUUUUGUUAUUGAAUAAAGUGAAUAUAAUAUUUUCAACUGCUAUCACAUAUCACUCUUGUUUAAAAAUGGUAGUGUGUGCUUUGUUUAUUGAGCCCACUACAAAUUGAUUUCCGAAUGGAGGGCUGGAGACAUUCGUUCCCCUCACUGACAAAGUUUAUGGCGUUAUUCACAGUUAAAGAAGACUCUAUGUACAUUGUAUUUUGUUGAAAGUUAUAACUAAAUAUUGGACAUUUCAUUUAUCGCUAGUGUUUCAGCGUCUGUGUUUCUGACGAAUUUGUACUGCUAGGUUACUCUACAAAUUAAAAACACUCGUGCAUUAAAUUUUCAUUAAUGGCAUCCCAAA